GCGAUAGGCUCUUUAAGCCCUUAAGAAUCUCCACUCCCGCAUUUAUCCCUGCAUCUUGUAGCUCAUGUUCGCCGCUACGCAGAGCUGUUCUUCGACUUUACUGCGGAGCAUCGUGAUGAGGACGCAGUUGUUCAGGGUUGCCCCUCCUAUGAGGAGAGCGAUUCAUGAUAUCGCAAUUACAAGGACCGGGAAGCCUAUAAUUCGGACCCCGGGGGGUGGCAGGUCUUCAAUCGGAGGACAUACUGCGACUGUGUUUGGGGCCACCGGCUUCCUCGGAAGGUAUAUUGUGAACAGGCUUGCUCGUUCGGGGUGUACCGUUGUCAUCCCGUACCGGGAGGAGAUGGCUAAGCGUCACCUCAAAGUUACGGGAGAUUUGGGCAGAGUUGUUUUCAUGGAAUGGGAUAUGAGAAAUACGCCGUCAAUUGAGGCGAGUGUGCGACACUCCGAUAUCGUUUUCAAUUUAGUCGGAAGAGAUUACACUACCAAGAAUUUCACUUAUGAGGACGUCCAUGUCGAGGCGACUCAGAGAAUUGCGGAAGCUAUCGCAAAAUACGAUGUUGACCGAUUCAUCCAAGUUUCUUCUUUUAAUGCUGACAAGAAUUCGCCUUCCAAAUACUAUGCUACUAAAGGUCAAGCUGAGGAAGAUGCCCGCGCAAUCUUCCCGGAGACAACUAUUGUCAGACCAGGCCCGAUGUAUGGAUUCGAGGACAGACUGCUCCACAGACUGGCCGGCACAACCAAUAUCUUCACUGCAAAUAACAUGCAGCAAAAGAUGCGACCUGUGCAUGUAAUCGAUGUUGGCAAAGCCCUCGAAGUUAUUGCAUACGACGAUGCUACAGCCAGUCAAACAUUUGAGCUGUACGGCCCUAGGGAGCUCACUCUCAAGGAAAUUGCGCACAUGGUCGACAAGAUCGUUCACAAGACACAUCGUCACAUAAAUCUGCCAAAGAAAGCUUUCCAAAUGAUUGCCUCCGUACUAGACUACUUAUGGUGGCCCACAAUAUCCCCCGACGAAAUUGAAAGGCAGCACCUUGAUCACAAAAUCGAUGCUACUGCAAAGACCUUCGGAGAUUUGGGCAUAGAACCCACGGAUAUUGAGGCGGAUAUGUUCCAAUACAUUAGACAUUACCGCUCCGCUGCUUAUUUCGACCUACCGCCGAUGACGGAGAAAGAGAAGAGGCUGGAGAGACAAUAUCUUCACGUACAGCAGGAUCUCUAGAAAAUAAGGAGAGAGACGAGAGGGAUGUGUGUUGUUAUAUUUAGGGAACAUAUAUCCCGUAGAAAAUCGUACAUAGAAUCACAACGCAGGUGUUUGCAUCGUGACGGGUAAGACCCUGUAUAUACUGUGUAGCUGGAAGGUAUCUUCUCCGAAAGAUAACUUUUAUUGGAGCUUAGUGUU